GCAGCACGCAACAUCACACUGUAGCAAUAGAAUCUCAAAAGCUUCACGCCUCAGCAUUUCUCCUGCCCUUUGCGUCCCUCAUUUUCCUCCGAAAAUUUCUCGCGGGCCAUGAUUUCCGUGCGAGGACUGAAGUAAAAGCCCUAGCAUUCUCUGAUCAUCCUAGGACAAAAAAAUUUAUGGCCUAAGAUUUUCAUGCAGGUGCAUUGUCAGCUUUAUGUAUUGCCUAGCUUAAGGGACUGGCAUAGUGGCGUGCGUGCUUUUGCUUUAGCAGCUGUGAUCAGCCUUUCUGGAGUGCUUUCUAUUUCGGGUCAAGGCGCAUUGAUAGCUUUGUGUGUUGCCUAGCUUAAGGGAAUGGCAAAGUGCUGUACCUUCUCCUCUGGAAUCUGAACUGAUUGACAUUGCCGCAGAGAGAAUACCAUCAUUGCCUGUUAGGUAUAAUUAUGGCACAUGAUACACGAUCUAGUCGGAAAAUGAAGGAUGAUGAGGAUAGUAAGUCAAAAGGGAGGCAAAUCAGUAGUAAAGGAUCAAGUACUUCAGGUUCUGGAGCAUCGGAUACAUCUGGAUUAAGGAGGUCUGCUAGAGAAACAUCGUUGAAGAAAAACAUAACUUUGGGCCCUUCUAUUACUAGGAAGUCUGAAAGACUCGAUAAAAAAAUUUCUGAAACUCCUCCAUUCAAGAGGAAAUCCGAGAGAUUUGAGAAGAAGUUGACUCCAACUCCACCGAGGAUUUCUGAUAGAGUCAAGAAUCACUCAUCAAAUUCUUCUGGGUCUAAAAAUUCAGAGAAAAGCUCAGGUUCAUCAUUGAUGAAGCGGAAAAGGGAACAAAAAGAGAAGAAUGUAAAAGAAUUGACAGAGGCAACUCGAGAAGUUAGCAAAAGUGUAGGAUCUGGCUGUGUGAAGAACAAAAUAAGAAAUGCUCAAGCUUAUAAGGCAUUUUUCAUGAAACAAAGAAAGAAGCUUAGAGCACAAGGACAUAGCGAGGAGCAGAGCAGGCAGAAUAAAGUUUCUGAGGGAGGCGGCAAUGAUUGUCGAGGCACGGUUGAUGGGCUUGGUAAAGGCAUUGAAGCAGUGGAAUCUGAUUCCACUGUAAAUAAAUUUUCAAAUGAAACAGUGGAAGAUAAUCAGGGAGGGGGCUUGUCCCACUCAAGCCCAAGGCCUAGCUGCAUGGAGGAAGCUUCUGAGUUUGGAAAUGGCGAUGGCUUAGAAAUUUGUGGUCAACAACCACUGGCAUCAGUCCUAUAAUGCCAUGACGAAAGAGAUCAGUGAUGCACCUGCAAGGGUACGUGUGUAUUGCCCUGGUGAGGAACAAUUGAAGAUGCCAGAGUUGAUAGGUCCUACAGUCAAUGGAAGUAUAGAUGAUCUCCACAUGAGCUUGAAAACGGGUCAUUGUGUUACACUCUCAAAGAGAAAAAGGAACAUGAAGGAUGAGGGUUCUGAUUCUUCUGCAGUUAAUGGAAGUAAAGAUGUCUGCACCUUGAUUGCUGAUGCUGUCUCCUCAUUGCCAUCUGGGUCCACAACGGAUGCUUCUGUUGGAACUUGCGGUGCAUGUUUGAAACGACAAAGGGUGGAAAAUGAUCCAACGAAGCUGGAGAUUUACUCUUGCAGCACAAAAUUAAAUCAGGAGUUAUAUAGUACAUCAGCAACUGAGGUGCAUCCGUAUAGAGGAGAACUCAUAGCUGAUAGUGCGACAUAUGUUCCUGAAAAGCUUAAUGGCAUGCAGCAAAAGGACUUUUCUGUAGAAUUUCAAACAAAUGGUGACCAAAAUACAUGCCUCAUCUGUUCUCUUGGUGGGAAGCUCUUGUGCUGUAAUGGAAGAGGAUGCAGGACAAGCUACCAUCUUUCUUGUCUAGAUCCUCCUAUAGAUGAUGUUUCUCUUGGACUUUGGUACUGUCCCAUGUGUGUUAGAAAAAAGUUAGAAUCUGGUAUAUAUUCGCUGUCAGAGGGAAUAGAGUCAAUCUGGGAUGCUAGAGAAGUAGAGGUAUCUGAUGUUGAUGGAUUGCAAAAGAGGGAGGAGUUCUUUGUUAAAUACAAAGGUCUUGCUCAUAUUCACAACCAAUGGGUACCAAGAAGUACAGUUCUUCUUGAAGCUCCUACCCUUGUGGCAAUGUUCAACCGAAAUAACCAGGUCACAAGGUGGAGGAAAGAGUGGACAGUUCCACAUCGGCUGCUACAAAGGAGAUCAUUAAUGUCUCCUAAGCAGCGUGAAAACUAUCUUGGGGAACAUAUUGGUGAUAACUUAUUUUGUCAGUAUGAAUGGCUUGUGAAAUGGCACGGUCUUGAUUAUGAUGAUGCUACUUGGGAGUUAGAGAAUGCUGCAUCCUUUGAUUCACCUGAGGGUCAGGGCCUUAUAAGAGAUUAUGAAAGGCGCCGGCAGAGGGUGAAGAAGUCCUCUGAAACGGAUAAGGUGCCAAAGAUACUUGAAAGCAAAAAGUGUUUAACAGUGAAUUUAUCCGAACUGCUAGCUGGAGAUUCAUCCAGAUUUGAUAAUUCAUGUCUAGAGAACAUUAACAAGCUACGUGAGCUGUGGCACAAGGGUGAGAAUGCUGUUGUUGUUGAUGAUAAGGAACGAAUUGCGAAGGUGAUUGCAUUUAUUCGAUCUUUGCAGUCUGAUGCCUAUCGGCCUUUUCUGAUCAUCUCAACUCCGUCUACACUUUGUUAUUGGGAGAAUGAGUUCUCCCGUUUGGCACCAUCUAUGAAUGUUGUGGUUUACAGUGGAAAUAAAGAUUUACGGAGAAGUAUUAGGUCAAUAGAGUUUGAUGAGGCUGGUGGCAUUUUUCAAGUACUUGUUACCUCACCGGAGGCUAUUAUUGAGGAUAAAAAUGUAUUCGAACACAUACGAUGGGAAACUAUCAUAAUUGAUGCGUGCCACCACCCUACAAUCUCUACACAGUUGGUGCAGAUGAAGAUGCUACGUACCCGUAAGUGGCUUCUCCUGGUCAGUGGAGUACUUAAGGAGAGCAGUGCUGAGUACCUCUGUUUGUUGUGUCUCCUUGAUUCUGAAAGCAAUUCACAAACUGGUGAUCACUUCCUAAGCAGUUGCAGUGAUAUUAUUGUUAAAUUAAAGGACAGGCUUUCAAGGUAUAUUUCUCAUGGAUGCGAACCUGACUCUCCCAGGUUUAGGGAGUAUUGGGUUCCUGUACAGAUAUCAACUGUCCAGCUAGAGCAGUACUGUGAAAAUUUACUGUCAAACUCCACAUUAGUUCUCUCAUUGGCAAAGAACGAUCGCGUUGGAGCAGAUAUAACUUUAUCAAAAAAAGCACUCUAUGAUGCAACUCUAGCUGCUCGGAAGUGCUGUGAUCACCCCUACAUUGUGCACCCACCCUUACAAGCCUUGCUUACUAAAGACCUUCAAGCAGUUGAGUAUUUGGAUGUAGGGAUCAAAGCAAGUGGCAAGCUUCAGCUUCUUGACAUGAUGCUUAAGGAGAUAAAGAAUCAAAAUUUAAGAGUACUUAUCCUGUUCCAGUCAAUUGGUGGUUCAGGAAAAGCUUUUUCUCUCGGCGAUAUUUUGGAUGAUUUCCUGCGUCUAAGAUAUGGUGAAAAUUCCUAUGAACGCGUCGAAUGUGGUGUCCUUCGUUCUAAGAAGGAUGCUGCUAUGAACAUGUUCAACAAUAAGGAGUUUGGUAGAUUUGUGUUCUUACUGGAGGCUCGUGCCUGUCUCCCCAACAUCAAACUGUCAUCAGUUGAUACUGUCAUCAUAUUUGGUAGUGACUGGAUUCCACACAAUGAUAUAAAAGCCCUGCAAAAGAUAUCACUUGAUUCCCAGUUUGAACGUAUAAAAGUAUUUCGCUUAUAUUCAACUUGUACGGUGGAGGAGAAAGUUCUGGUUUGUGCAAAACAAGGGAAGAUUCUUGAUAGUGACAUGCAGAAUGUGAGCAGUAGUAUGCUUCUAUGGGGGGCACCUUAUCAACUUGAUAAACUAGACGAGUUCCAUGGCUUUAACACCCCAGCGCCUACUAGAAAUAUCUUGUCUGAAGAAUCACUUCUGAAAGAUGUCGUCCAGGAGCUCUUCUCCAUACUUCCUCAGCAUGGCGAGAACAGUGGCUCAUGUAAUUACUCUAAGAUUUUAAGAGUUCAACAAACUGGAGGAGCAUACAGUUCAGAGGUUCCGUUGCUUAGUGAGAUGAAAAAUGAAUAUACUGGCGAAGGACAGCCUCUUAGUUUUUGGACAAAACUGUUGGAAGGAAAGCAUCCUCAGUGGAAAUAUUGUUCUGGUUUGUCUCAGAGGAAUCGGAAACGAGUACAACCUUUUGAUGAGUUACUGAAGAAACCAGAAAUUGUAAAAAAACGCGGGAAGGUGGUAAAUGGUAAUGAUGAUGCACCCCAUCCGAAGCCUGGAUCAGAGGUGAAAUCAGUUCCUGGAUGCAAGGAAGGAAUUUCUGGGGCUGCAGCAGAUAAUUUGCUUCAUUCUUUUCACCGGUCAACUGCCUGUGCAAAUAAAGUAACUGAUGAAAUUCAUGAUUCCACUUCAGAUAAUGUGAAUAAUCCGGAACAUAACACGCUUGAGUCUGAGGAGAGAAGAAAAUUGUGUGAUGCCCAGAAAAGUCUCCAUGAACUUCUGAAGCCAGAUAUAUUAAGACUAUGUGGAAUCUUACAAGUCUCAGAUGCUGUCAGGGUUAUGGUCAAACUGUUUCUGGAAUAUGUAAUGAGUAAUCACCAUGUUAAUAGAGAACCAGCGACAAUAUUGCAGGCAUUUCAGAUAUCUCUGUGUUGGCUUGCAGCUUCAUUUCUGAAGCAGAAAGUUGACCACAAAGAAUCUCUUGCACUUGCAAAGCAGCAUCUUAACUUCAAUUGCAAAAAGGAUGAGGCAGAGUAUGUUUAUUCGAUGUUGCGGUGUCUGAAAAGAACAUUUUUACACAGUAUAGGGGCUUUUAAGGCUGUGGAAUCUCCAAAGUUUUCUAAUUUAUCAAGUAAAGAUGUUUUGAAGAAUUCAGAUGCAAAGGCUUCACAGCCAAUAAAUUCUAACUUGCAGCAUGUCAAAUCAGACAUUAAAGACUUACCACCAAGUCAAGAAUAUUUUGCACAAGAAGAUGUCUCAAAAAGUAUUAAAGAAAUUCAGAAAACGCUCCAGAAGAAGAUGAAAAAACUUAUAGAGAAGCAAAGCAAAGAUAAUAAUGAAGUUUUGAGAACUUAUGAGGAAGAAAAGGGGCGUCUAGAAAGAGAGCUUAAAGCAGAGACAAUUGUUGUUCGAUCUUGUUUUCAGAAUAGUACAUCAAUGAGGACAGAUAAGCUUAAGAUGUUGGAAAAGAAUAUAGAAGAAAAUAACAACCAGCUUGACCUACGUCUUGAGCAUCUUGAGGCCUCACACUUGGAAGCAAGGAUUAAAUUGAGGGAGAUAGGGAAACGAUGGGUAGAGGAAGUACAAUCCUGGGCUCGUGCUGAAUUGUUGGAUAGAUCACCCUCAAAUACACUUAAGCCUUGGUUGGAAUGCUCAAGAACUAGUGAAUGUCAAAGUAGUGAAGAUCAUGAAGAUUUUGCCACUUUUAGAGUACAUGACUUUGACAGCAUUCUGCAUAGUGGGACAGGAGGAAUUAAAGCACCAUCUCCAACUCCACAAAGUGUUCCUGCUGAAGCUGUAGCACAUACCGUCCCCAUUAGAACUGAGGAGACCCCUGCUAGGCCACUUGGUGCGUUACAUAUGACUUCUGUGGCAGCUUCAUGUACUGAUUUCAUGGGUAAAACUAAAAACAAAGCUGAAAGUUCAAGUGAUGUUCAAGAGAGUGUGGUAUCUGUGAAUCCUUGUGCCAAAGCACAAAUUACUGAUGGAGGUGCUGCAGGUAAUAGGGAGCUGGAUGUUCCAGAAGUUGCCUGUUCUACUGAUGGCUUUCAGAAAGUUGUCACCUCCAGUCUUCCAUUUCAAGAACGGAUACCCAGUGCAGACACAUCACCCAUAUACCAUGGGGAGGUCAGACUGGAUGUGCCCAGAGCAGUCUGUUCAACUGAUAGUCCACACCGACCACAUCCCUCAAAUCUGCGUUCUGAUGGGGCUGCAUUAAACAUGCCUGACAAAGAGGCUCCAUUGGGAUUGCCGGAGACUGCCUGUUUGAGUCAUAGCUUGCAAAACAUCGUUUCUGUGAGGGAACCUUCACCGGAAGAAAACCAUGUAGGGAAGCGAACCAUGCCAGAUAAAGAGGUUGAAUCAGGAGUGUUUAAGACUGUCAGUUCAAAUGAUGCACUAGGGAAUCUUGUCUAUGUGGAUCUACUGGCUGGAGGACAGAUGCUUGAAAAAGUGACGGAACAUGAGACUGUCAGUUCCAGUCAUGAUUUGCAUGACGUUUCUGUGAGCCCACCUCCAUCUGAAGGACAAAGCCAUAAAGUGAUGGUAACCAUACCAGAGAAAGAGGUCGAUUCAGGAGUGCUUGAGACUGGCAGUUGCAGUGAUAGACUGGAAUAUCAUGUCUCUGUGAAUCCACCUUCGUCUGAAGAAGAAAUCCCUGAAAAAUCAACAGAAUAUGAGCCUGUCAAUUCAAGUCAUGGUCUCCACAAUGUUCUGCCUGUGUCAGCUACCUCUGAAGAACAAAUCCAUAAAGUGACAGUACACAUGCCAAAUAAAGAGGUUGAUUUGUCAGUGCUGCAGUCUGUCAGUUCAGAUGAUGGGCAAGGGAAUCUUGCUUCUCUGGUUCCACCUUCAUCUGAUGAACAAAUCUGUGAAAAAGCCACUGAAAAAGAAACCAGUGAAGUGGAUCUUAUAGCGUCUGAUAGUGCACCAGGGGCUUACCAGCAGAAUGGAGUUGAUACUGUGACCAAUGGAAGCUCUGAUCAGGAAAUGCCCCUGGUAAAUUCACCUGGAGUGCAUCCUGUGGCCUUGGUUCCUGGUGGUUCAGCGACACUGGAUCAGGCAUACCAAGACAAAGGCACUCUGGUAGAAACAUCUGAUGCAGAGCAAGAAGAUGCAGAAGCCAGUGAACAGCAGAAUCCUUGCCAACAAGUUGAAAAUACAGCACCCGAAUCUGCUCCGACUGUAGCUUCCAAUUUGUCUAAUCGUGAAUUGCCAGACAUUGAGACUGUAGUGCAACAGCCAUCCUAUAAUACACCUGAUAAUAGUGCUCCUGAGUUAUCUUCAGCUGGUGGAGUCGAAAUUCGACCUAGUGAAGACCGUACCUCUAACCAAAUUUCUCAUGCUUCAAUGCAUUUUGUUAAGAACAUUUCUGAUCUUUCAAAUCAAACUGUUUUGCGGCCUGUCACAUCCUCUACUGGUGAAUUUGAACCGUCAUUUUCAGACACAAGGGCAACACCUGUUACUUCUGCAUUUAAUAGUUUUCCUAUAAAUGCUGCACCCCAGGGGGGAUCUCAAGCACAUCUGCCUUCAUACACUGACCCGCUUCAAUAUGAAUUGGAAAGAUUGAAUAAACAAACAGAUCAUAUGCUUAAGUCUCAUGAAGAUGCGAAGCUACGACUGAAGGGUGAUUGCGACAAGGAAAUAGAGGAGGCUGUUGCUGAAAUUCAACGAAAAUAUGAACUUAGAUCUCAGGAGGUUGAGGCUGAAUUUCUCCUUAAAAAGAAGGAAUUGGAUUCGAUACACCACAAAGUUUUAAUGAAUAAGAUUUUGGCUGAGGCUUUCCGGUCUAAAUGCAUGGAUCUUCGGCCAUCAGGUGCAUCUGGAGUGCAGCAAGAUGGGAAUUCCAGUGUUGUGAAUUCCAGUUUCGUUCAGCAGCUGGUUCAGCUAUCUAUGCAUGAUAUACAAAGAAAUUCUCCAGUUGCUGGUUCAUCCUUGGCCAGCACUCCGGCAGCUAACCUGCAGACUUCAACUGCCCCCUUACCCAACCCAUCUUCACCUGCGACAAAUCCACUUUAUAUAGCUCCGCCUCAGCAGACUGUUCCUCUUUCAACUUCUCCUAUUCCAAGCAUCCCAGCAAAACUUCCACACAUCAGUUCCAUCUCCUCCACAGGAAACUCCCAAGGUGGGGGUAUAAUUCGUGCCCCAGCUCCACAUCUCCAACCAUUUAGACCUUCAACGUCCAUGUCUAAUCAACAGUCACAUAGCCACUCCCCCGCAACAUCUCCCUCACUUCCUCAUAUUCCACGUUCUCCAGCCCCUGGACAGCCAUCUGUUCCUCAUAAUAGGGCCCAUGAGCCUAAAAGUCCAGGGGAUCUGUCAGCUCUUCGUAGUUUAUCUGCUUUGGGGUUGCUUAUGAGUAUGAACUCUCGGUCUGGUGCAAGUCCAACAGGUAGUUCGCCCUCACUCCCAAAUUUGGUCCCAAACCGUGACCCGUUGAACCUUUCUAAUCCUUCCGUUACAGGAAGUGCUCGUGUGAACCCGGUAAAUAUAGGUGGACCCACUGACACAGUUUGUUUAUCAGAUGAUGACUAACCAGUUAUAAGAUACCAGUUCCCAUAUUUUUAGAAACUCAUUUUACCAUGUCUCUUUUCUCCUCUGGAUUAUGCACGGGGGUUGUGACUUUUGACAUGCCCUAGGAGAGGCAGGUGUGUCGUAAUGCUGUCCUUGCUGCUAGGAGUUCAUAGCUGUACAUCUUGAGAUGCCUGGUGUUCUAACGAUGGUAAUGUAAAUCAAAGUUUGUUCGUACUCUGUUUCGCGCUGCAGCGUAAAUUGGUGUCAAGGGCCAAAUGAGUUUGUACAACGUUGUCGACAACAGUAUCACAUUUUUUUACAUCUCACCUUAAUUGAUUAGCAUGCUUAUUUCCUAAA